AUGCAAGGUGGAAGUGAGAAUUUUCAUCGCCGGCCUGUUCCAUCAUCACAUUUCUACCAAGCAAUUUAUGCAGAAGUGAGAAUUUUGCAAAUUUUCCUAUCCUGAGUAUUUUUUUCAUUUGAACUUUGAAAUUUGAUGGUCAGAGUUUUUUUAAUCCGAAACACGAACGACUUCUUAUCACCCGGCUGUUUGGAUAUCUCAGUUGUGUUUCAACCUUCCCUUUACUUUCUUGGUGAUUGUCUGACGCAGAUAGAGGAGAUUGGAUGGGAGCACUUGCUGCGCCUAGAAGAAGAUCUCUCAACUAUCUGCUUCCGAGUUCGGUAAAGAUUCUCUUUAUGCAGGGGAUAUUCUCUCUUCCCUGCUAUUUCAUGUUUAACCGGGAAUGGAUAAUCUUUGACCACUCUAUAAAGCAGAACACUUCAAAAAGCCUCAGAGAAAUGGAAGAGUUGAGCUCAGUGUUUUUGUAAAUCUUCAAUUCCUUAUAUUUGAAGAAAACAACUCCACCAAAAGAAAUCCAAACCUAUUCAGAGAAAGUGUCACCUUUCAGGGUGGACUGGUUCAUUCCUUGAAUAGUCAGAAGGAGCAUGUUUUUAAGUUUUAGGGCAGUUAUUGAUCUUGAACAUGGGAUUCCUAUUUUAGUGUUAUUCUCUCUCAUUAUAUAUUAAAUGUCAUUAUGUAGUUCAUUUAUCAGAAAGGUCUUAGGUGAGACUUGUCUUCCUUGGUGUCAACAACUUGGGUCUAAAACAUUUUAUUCAUUUUUUAAAAAUUUAAUUCUGGUAUUUUCCUGCAUGCUCCGUUGUUGGAUUGAAGCUUUCUUGGGGAAUAAUUGUGCUUGAGUUUUCGCACAUCUGCAAUCGAUUAUGCUAACCUGAUUGUAUCUUGAAGAAGUUGUUCUAUUGACGCCAAAAAGGUGGACUAUUUUUUAUUAUUUAUUCUUUUAACAUAUUUGCCAUAGCCAUGUAAAUGGUUGUCUACAUGAAGAAGAAUCCGAUUAUUUUGUCGGGUGUUAAGACUAUUAUCCGGUCGUUUUUGCUAUUAGAGACAAGAAAGAACGGGUUCAUGCUGUAGAGAUGAUUCUGCCUCGAGAUUAUCCCCAAUCAGCACCUUCAGUUGCAGCGGUCAGCUCAUUUUCUGUGCUGCUAUUUUUUUAUGAACUCUCCAGUACUAUGCUUUUGGCAUCCUAAAGAUUAUCUGAAGUCUGUGGAGUCUGUCAAGUCUACUAUUUUACAUCCUGAGAACAACCAGAACGUUCUAAAAUCCUGGCUAUUGUUUAUUCUUAGGAUGUGCCUUACGCAUGUGAGCCCCAGUGGCCGAAAGGGUCGAGGUUAAAAGAUGCUAUGAAGCAGUUUCUUGAGGUAUUCUGGGUGCUCCUGGUUUGUUCUUCCCACUCACGGCCAGCUCAAGAUUCAGGCUUCUUACUUAGAUUUCCAUGGCCAGCACUUGGAGGAUCUACAAGGAUUUUGGUCCGUCUUGGAGGAGGUUGACCGGGAUCUCUGGGUUCUGGAGCCUAGACAGGAAUCCCACGCUGCCUCAUUCCGGCAGAUAUGCCUCGGUGAGACCCGCUGACUGGUUCCUAUGGUCGUGUUAUUCAUCUGAUUCAUGCGAUGUGUCAUUGACUUAGGUGAUGGGUGCCAGAUUUUACUAUACAUUGAUGCUAAGAACCCGAGGUCAAAGCCCGAGUGAGAAUCGCUCCUUGAUGAACUUAGAACCUGCUCGCCAUUCUUCCCACUGAUCGUCGUCUCGAGUUAUUUCAGAUGCCGUUUCCUUGGCCCGGACUGGCUGACAGACGAUCUAAGGAAGAGCUGGAAGAAGAACAGCCGAAGAUGGUAACCUCAAUUUCCUGGGGAUCGAAUUAUUUUUUUUAAUAGCCCGUAGAUUCAUGGCAUAGAAUCCCCCUACAUUUUUUCAUUCCAUAAGAUCGAUUUAAAUAACGUCUCAGAGCGAUCCUCCUAGAAACCAUGAGAUCUACUGCUAGUUUCUUCUGAUUUUCCCAGAAUGGUGAUGUGAAUUAUAUCUUGUUUGAUAUAAUGCCAGGGCGAAUGAUAAGCCAUUUGUAGAAAAUCUUGGGGCCCUCCUUGGAAUGGAGCUACCCGGGCCCCCCGGUGCUCCCUCAACGGACUGCGAGCAAGAUGAAUGCGGGAUCUGCUAUGUUCAUUUCCUCCCAUCCGGUAAGUUGUUAUCAUUUAUUUACUCUCUCUCUCUCUCUCUCUCUCUCUUUCUGUGAGAUGGAUGGAUAAGAAGGACCGGGGUCAGUCUGGGCAGGGUGCAGAGUUUUCAUGGCUUUUUUCACCGGGCUAGGGCCCGGCCCGGUUGAAUAAAUGAUAUGAGUAAACAUGACUGAAGUCAGUUUAUUGUCAAUGAAGAUGGUACGUUGGGAACUUCGACUGGAACGGCUGUGGACUACACUUGCGAGAAUCCCAGCUGCAGGAAGAGCUUCCACGUCGUGUGCCUCAGGGAUUGGCUGCGCUCGAUCACCACCACGAGGCAGUGAGUUUCCUAGUAUUCCUCGCCUGCGAUUUCUGCCGUCUUUUCCUCGGAUCACAGCGUUGACCAACUUCUGCUCUCAGGUCCUUCGAUGUUUUAUUUGGAAAGUGCCCAUACUGUUCCGAGCCUGUGGCAGUUAAACUUCAUGAUGUCGGGUGA